CUGCAACAGGUGUUAAAGCAGUCAGACCUUUAUUCUGAAAGAGACGCGGCAGGUAGCGGCAGGUUUGUUAACAGCAGAACAGUCAUGAAAUGUGAUUUACAUUAUUUCGCUUCUGCUUGUGUGACACUGGAAUGACUAUUUGGACUGUGUGAAAUGAUCGUGACAAUUCCCUGUACGAAGGAUGAGACCGACACACUGCCUGCUGCUUUAUGAGUACAAAAGGAUGAACUGUUUGCUUCUCGUUCUUCAUAUUUUGUUGCUUGAUUCUGCGGUCACCUUCCUACCUGCACCAGUCAACAUUUCUGUAAUUUCUCAUAACUUCAACCAUGUCCUCCAUUGGGACCCUGGGUCUGGCACUCCACCAGGGACACAGUACAUAAUCUCCAAGAGGAUCAGGUCGGGGAAACAGGAAAGACAACACAACUCAACGAGAACAUCAUUUAACUUGAAACUACACAACAGAAGGACAUAUUUUCUGAUGGUCCAGGCGUCUUACAACCAAACCCUGUCUCCAUGGUCCUACAGGGUCACCUUCACACCUUUCAAAGACACCAUAAUAGACCCUCCAGAAGUCUCACUGGCUGGAUGUGGGAAUUGCAUCCAGGUCAACAUUUCGCUGCCUAAGGCUGAAACACAAGUUGAUAUCCAGAAAUUCUACGAUGCUAGUUUCAGAGUCAUGUGGAACAAAACAGAGAAAGGAAAACCAGAGGUCCUUACAACACGGAACAAGAGUUUUACUCUUAGCAACUUGGAAAAAGGUGUGGAAUACUGUGUACGGGUACACUGGGAGAUGCUUUUGAAGAUAAAGACUGAGCAAUCUCCUCAGAAAUGCACCUUUACUAGCCACGUUGAGCCUGAAAAUGGCACUUUUCUUUUAGGUGCAGUUACUGCUGUUCUGAUUUUUGUCCUAAUCGCCCUGACGAUGAGCACAUACUGCCUCUACUACACUGGAUUUCUUUGUAGACUGCCGGCAGCUGUGCCCAGGGCAAUAAUUACAGCCCUGAAUGCAGGCUACAUCUUGACCCCAGAGAGGACAACCCCAUGCCAGAUCUCCAUUAGCUCAGAGAUGGGAAAGCAAAGGAAGUAUAAUCCUGCCAUAUCGCUUCGAGCCACUGGAGAAGCCAACUCAGAGGUGUGGGAUGAUGAUGAAGAUGAUGAGGACAAGAUACACAUCUACUUGGACAAAGACAGAGAGCUUUCUUCAGGUGAUGGGCCUUGCCAGGACUCUGGUAAUGUGUCAGGAAAGAGCAAGCCAGCUGCCUUAGGGGACUCUGGUAGUUUGAUAGUAAGGCCAUCAGUUGAGGUGGAGGCACUAUACACAGACUUUGAUCAAGAUGAAGAUAAAGCUGUGGAAGCAGAGGUUUCUUUAAUGCAUAGGGGGGAUCAAACUGGAGUCCAGGGACAAGUCACAGGUGAGGUGGACGAGGAGGUAAUGAAGGAGGAGGUAAUGAAGGAGGUGGUGGAGAUGCAGGACCUCUCAAAUGUCAAUCUGUUCUCAGUCACCCUCGCUGCAUUUGCAGAAGGUGAUGAAGAGCAGCAGGAAGAAGAGCAGAGUACAGGCUGCUCUCCCACAGACUUUUUGAUAGUGCCCACUCCGGACCAUUUACUUACCUCCCACUCAAAACAAAUUUUAAAUCACACACACUCACAAACUGAAUCAGACAAUGAUACACUUCUUUCACUGCAAACUACACAGGCAGACAUCAUUGUUACUGGAUUUGACAGCAGGUGUGCAGAUAUUUUGUUGCAGCAUGAAUCGACAGAAGAAGAGGAAGAAUUCUCUGGGUAUUUGGGACACAGAUGAUGUGUUGUUUAGAUGUGUGUCUUAAAAUGAGUAUCAUUAAUGCUUUUCUCACAGUCAGUAUAUUCUUUUUGAAAACAAGAUCAAGAAUCUUUUAAUGUAAUUUUCCUAAGUAUCUACAUACAUAGUCAAACGAAAAAACGGUCCUCACCAGUGCAAACAUUUAAAACUUGCACUGGCUUGCAGAAAGAAGCUGUUGAGCAUCCUGCUGGACCUGCAGUAGAUGCUCCUGUAUCUCUUUCUUGAGUGCAGGAGUGAAAACAGUCCAUGAGAGGGGAGGUGGGUUCCUUUACUCUGGUGGAGGCUCUGUGGAUGCAGUGCUCGUGGAAAAUUUCUGUCAGAAAGGAGA